AUGCCUCUUAUCCAUGGCGCAAAAUGGGCUUGCUCGUCCUGUAUCAAGGGUCACCGAGUGAGCGGCUGCAGCCACAAUGAUCGUGAACUGCACCACAUCAACCCCAAGGGUCGCCCUGUCAAGCAAUGCGAGCACUGUCGCGGCGCUCGCAAGUCCAAGUCUCACCACGCAAAGUGCGACUGCGGCGACAAGAAAGACAAGGACAAACUCAAGGACAAGGGUGACGCCAAAGGUACGACGCCGACGACUGGCAUGGCCGACCCCGACCACCUCUCCAACGAUGCUCUAGCUCACGACACGGGCUGCCAGUGCCACUCGGGCGCCAAAUGCAUAUGCGGCACCGUCAAGGAAGAACUCAAAGUCGACACUAGCCGUCAGACGCUCCACGAUGCCCGCGCAAAACCAAAGUUGAUGACGACGCACUCGGAGAGUCACUUGACCGUCUUUUCCAACGGCCACCACAAGCCCUGCCACCGCAACAACAACACGGCCCACAUCUCUGGCGCGCCUUACAAGAUCCCCCGCCCCCAUACGCUACACGGUCAUUCGGCAUUUGCUGCUUUGGCACAGAGCAACAAUAGCUACACCAAGCCAGAUGUGCCAGCUACGCGCUCCAUGGAUACCCUCUCGCUCUCCAACAACGACUUUUACGCCAUGUUUGGUUCCACCCCGCGCCCCCAAGACAAUGUGCCAAUCCCGAACGUAACCAACAGCCUUGACACGCUUCCCUUUCAAGAUGCCAUCUUCACGGGUCAAGCAAGUGUCUUUGCCCAGGAUGGCAAUUCUCCUAGCAGCAACAGCGAUACGUUUUCCAGCCAGCAAUGGCCCUGGACCACCGCAACGGCCACACCCGUCAACGGCACCUUUGGAUUCGGCAGUCUAUCUACCUCUCCUUCACAAGAUUGCCUCCCUAACCUUGGCAACGACUGGUCAAUACCUUCCGCUGGCUUCAAUCCACUUUGGUCUGCUGGUGAUCUUCCCUUGGAUCCGAGCAAGUUUAGCGACAGCUUGACACAGCCAAUUUCGCACAGCGGCGAGUCCAAACAGAGCGGUCCCGGUCUCACCGCGGCUUCUUCAGCCCACUCGGAGAUUGGAGAUGCAAAUAUAUUCGGCGACAUGGAAUUCAAACCACCUCAGUCGGCUGCUAGCGAGUCCCUUUUUUGGGAGGACAGCCCGGUCUAUCGCUUCAACACGUCUGAGCCAACCGAGAGCAUCACUGCGCCAGCGACAAUGCCAACUAGCAGCAUAUCCAUUCCCAAUGUUCAGCAUCUCGAGCCCACUUUCGCCAAGAGCUUGAGCGCUGCGCCCACGACGAUGACGAGUACCGCUUCAAAUGACUUCGCCGAGACUAGUGCGAUUGCAAUGCCAACCACCAAUUUUGAACAUGUUAUUCCCAUUGAUCCCUGGCCUCUGGAUCAGAACAACGCAGUGUUUGGCGGGAUGAACACUUUUGAGCUCUCUUACACCAACAACUGGUUUUAG